GUAACCAAUACAGAGCUGGGAAUGCAAACUUCCCUGCAUUUGUAGCAGCAAGUACCAGAGUCCCAAGCUUUCAAACUCUAGUUGGCUUCUGGUGUAGCGGCGGCUCAAUUUGAAGCGGCUUCCGGGGUGUUUGACUGGUAGAAACGUUAGGCGGCAGUAAGAACAGGAAGUUAGUCCACUCUGCCCAACCCAGGGACCUCCUCUCUAUGCUCUACUGGAUGAAACUUCCUGUAAGGACUUCCAUCUUGUAGCUGACGUUUGGAGCCUUCUCGGCAGCUUUCCUCAGUUUUUCAGCUCUAGACCACACAGAUUCUCCUCAGAAGAACACAGGACAUUUGUGACAAGGUACUUCAGGACCUUUCAUGGGGCACAGCUCCCAAACUAACCUUUUUCAAAGAAGAAUGAAAUGUCGGGGUAUUUUCCGAAGGAGAUUUCUGAACUCUACUGAACACAUCAGAGAUACAGUGCAAAUGCGUACUUCAUUCCACCAGCAGCAAGAUGGACAGCCAGCAAUGAGUAAUUCUCCCAUGUAUGCUCGAAGAAGAUACACUCCAUAUGGUAUUCCAUCCCGGCAUCAGAGAAUCAACUUAUAUAAACAAAACCAAAUGCGUGUUAACAGGGAGGAAGAGCCAACACCUCCAGAGAGAAAAAUGCAGAAGGACAAGCAAGAUGAUGACACCUCAAAGAACUGGUUCAAGGUCACAAUUCCCUCUGGCAUAAAAUACGAUAAGAAGUGGCUGUUGAAUUUGAUUCAGAGCCAGUGCAGUAUCCCUUUCACUCCAGUGGAGUUUCACUAUGAGAAAAUGCAGGCCCAGUUUUUUGUUGAUAAUUCCGGCAUUGCCUUUGAACUGAAAAGUAUCAGUGACGAGAUUUGGGAUGAGUCUAAUAAUAAGAUAUCAAUCUUCAUCAGCCCCUGUGAUGAACCCCACUCGGUGACAGAGCUAAAGUCAGAAAAGAUGGAUCAAACAAAGCCUCAGAGUCACAGAACUCCAUCUGUGAUUCUGCAGCUGGCUAUGAACCUACAGGUUGCUACUUCUCAGCAAGUUCUUAACAUGCAGAGACUCCCCUUUGACCAAGGCAUGACUGACAGUCAUUUGAUGACCUAUCCUACUGACUUGGCACUGAAACCAGGAAGGUACAUGGCUCCUUCCCUGGAUAUCCAUGAAGAGGACAUGGCCCAGGUUUUGCCCUUGAACCAGAGUUACAGCAAAUCAUAUCCGCUGUUCGGCUUGCUUGAUACUAUGGCAAUGGCCCCUCCUGUUGAUAACCUGAAUAUCUCUAAAAAUGAGGUGAAGUCUGCAGGGGAGAGAGUCAAGGGGCAAGAUCCGAAUCCAGAAGAGAUAUGUGCAGACAAAAACUCUCUGAGUACUACCGUCCUGGAUAAGCCCAGUAACAUAAAUUCAAUUCUGGAAUUGUUCCCCAAGUUAUUAAGCCUGGAUGGACAGGAGUCACCUAAACCAACACUCUGUGGCCUUGAAGACCACAAGAGCUUACCAACUUGCAAGGGAAGUUUCUUUGGGUCCAAGGCUGUAAAGACUCUGGUCCUACAGUUUCUGCAUCAGUAUUAUUUCAUCUAUGACAAUGGAGAUCGUCAGGGACUCCUUAAUGCCUACCAUGCUGAGGCUUGCUUCUCUUUGACUGUGCUCUUCGGUGCCGUGGACUCAUCCUCGAGCAGCUUGUGGGAGUACUUCAAGUAUAGCAGAAAUAUGAAGGUUCUCAAGGAUUCUUAUAUUCGGAGGCAGCUGCUGAAGCAUAAAAAAUGUGACAUUAUUUACUUUCUUCGUACAUUGCCCAAAACUCAGCAUGACCUCACCUCCUUUGUGGUGGACAUAUGUUUCCAGACAGAAACAAUGAUUUGCUUCUCUGUUAGUGGAUUGUUCAAGGAAGUGGAGGGCAGCUCGCAGGGAUGUGCUCAUGCCUUCACUCGGACCUUCAUUGCUACCUAUGGCAACAGUUCAGACCUUCAUAUCAUCAAUGACAAGCUGUUUGUGAGGAACGUCCAAGGGCUUCCCAGUGCCUCCAUCCCUGUGGCCACAUUGCCUGCCCUCUCUCAAGAUCAACAGAAGAUGGUGCAGUCUGGGAUGAAUGCUGAGGGGUCUCAGAAGUGCCUUAAUGAUGAGCAGUGUGAUUACAACAAAGCCAUACAAAGCCUGGCUUUACUCAAGGUAAGGGACGUGAGCCCAGAGGAUACCUCCAUACAGCCAGGUCCAAGAUCCUAAGAACAGCACACCAAGAAGAAAUCCCUGGGUGUCACUAUCUUAUUUCUUCAAACCUCUGUUGUGAUUUUCUUCUAGUACAGUAAUUUCCAUUUAAAUGAAUUGGGACAUCUAGUUACAUCCUGGAAGCUAAGGCCUAGCUUGUGAAUCUAACUUUCAUGUAUCUAAAUGACCUGUGGUUUGUGUAUUUGCCACAUAUUUCAGGAUCCUUGUUUCUUAUAUUUUCUUUUAUUAUCAGUUUUAUUAAAUUUGUUGAGCAUUUCA